AUGUCGACAACGCCAAAGACGGAUUACCACAACGAAGACGAAGGUAUCAUUCUUAUGACACUAGGGGUACAGAUUCCGCUAGCUAUCGGCUUGGUGGUGCUCAUUUUGAUAUCGUUUACGGGCAAUGCAAUGACAGUUACAGCUUAUUUACGGGACAAGAAAAUCUGCUCCGUGUACGAUUGCUACUUGUUUAAUCUCGCAAUCACGGAUUUACUGGUAUCCGCAAUCAGUUUACCUUUUAACACGGUGUAUAUUCUCAUGAACUUCACGUGGCCGUUUGGAUACGCCAUCUGUAAGGUGUACCUCGUGUGCGACUUCACGCUGUGUGUCCAAUCCAUAAUGCUGAUGUUAAUCAUUAGUUUAGAUCGGCUGCUAUUGAUCCAAAUGAGCUCCUCCUACAUCAUCAGAAUCACGCGACGCGUUGGAAUCGCCCAGGUUGCCGGCGCCUGGCUCAUCUCCUUCCUUGUGUACUCUCCCGCUAUCAUCGGCUGGGACGCCUGGAAGGGCUACUCGAUCCUCAAGGACAUGGAAUGCCACACGGAAUUUGCGUACGACCGCGUCUUCAUGACGAUCACGGCGUUCGUCGAUUUUAUUAUCCCAUUCGUAUGCCUGGCGUCAUUAAAUGCUGUUAUCUAUGUUAAAAUAAAGCAGCGAUCAAAAGUGAAUCCGGUCACGAGUAUGUGUGUGCAAUCGGUGUCAACUGAUAAUUCCAGUAAUCGAACAACGACAGCUGUCCCGAUGCCUCCUGCGGUCCGCGACUUUGGCAGACACCACCGGAAGGCGGCAAAAUUUCUUGCCAUGCUCGUCGCGGCCUUCCUUGUGUCCUGGGCGCCCUAUACCAUUACCACCGUGCUGAAAUCGUUCUGUGAUGACUGCGUGAACAAUAUUGUGUACGAGCUAGUCCUCAUUUCCCUCUGGAUGAAAUCCGCCGUUAAUCCAUUCCUGUAUGCGUACAACAGUCCAAGAUACCGCAUGCACUUCCGACGUUUCCUUUCGUGUAACGACAGGCUCCUGUUCUGGAAAGGAGAACAGGCCGUAAAACCGGAAAUCAGAGUUCAGAACACUGCCGCUUGA